CAUCGGAUAGGUGUACAAAAAUCAUAUUAAUGAGCGGGCGAUGCGGCGCGAGUAGCGCGGUGGGGCCCUGCCCGCCGCCCGCACGGCCAAUCCCGGCGCGCCUCGCCUAUGAUGUCAUCGGAGGAGGAGGCCGACUCACACGCGCCCUACUCGGAUAAGCUGCUGAAGAAACAGAAACGUGCGAGACAGCGCGUUGACGCCGGUGAGCCGCGCAAUUCUUAUUCGACUCUCGCGACGAACGGACCCGCGCCCGCGCGCGUCGUACACAUGAGCGGAGGACUUUACGGCGCCAUCUUCGAGGGCCGCCAACACUUCGGCCUUUUCGGUCCGGGCUACCCGCCUGCGGAAAUGUUAAACGAACUGCUUGGGCGAACGCCUAUGCAGGACGACGGUGAAGAAGCAACUGGUGCGGAUUUAACACACCGUGUACUUCGGGAUAUUCUACAAAAUCGCAAGAAAGAGUUAUUGAGACUUUCUCCAGACAAUAACAACGUACUUGCGAAUAAUAAUAAUGACGAGCCUAAAGAGAAACGGUCUCCAGAGCGACCUAUUUCGCGGGACUCUCGACCUGACCUCGACGAUGCUCUUUUAGCAUUAGACAGUGCCGGUGACUCGCGUACUUCACCACCUCCUGGGCCUCCAUCUUCUGAAGCUCUGCUAGCUCCGAAAUCUGAGCCUGAGGAUCGUGACAGUGACGCUCAACGUUCUUCCCCGCGACCUCUCGAUGUGAAACGUGCUCGUGUUGAGAACAUUGUGUCGACUAUGCGUGCUAGUCCUGCACCUCAACAGCCACAAGUGAAUGGUUGCAAGAAACGAAAAUUAUAUCAUCCACAGCAGCACGACGGUGCAGCGGAGCGCUAUGGUACUAGUCAUGGCAGCAGUGCACAGACAGUAACGGAUGACUCCGAUGACGAUGGUGAGAAACCACCUAUUCAACAAAAAUUAGUAGAAAAGAAUGCUUUAAAAUCACAACUUAGAACUAUGCAAGAGCAACUUGCAGAGAUGCAAGAGAAAUAUAUGCAACUGUGCAAUCGAAUGGGACAAGAGUCAGAAACAAUCGAUAAUGAUGGUGCUUCUAGUGAUAUAGAACAGAUUGAUGAUCCUGUACCAAAGUCAGAACCAGCGUCACCAGUGAAAGAGGUACCACCUCCUAUACAAAACAGUGCUACACCUAACAUGCUUUCGCAAGUUAUGAGCAAAAUGAUGUCGGCAAAAAUGCACGUCCAUGCAGCAGCUCAUCAGCACCUUCCACCUGGGUUUAAUGGUUCGCUACCGAUGAUACCUCCUCUACCUCCAAGUGAUCACAUACAUCCACCUCAUCCACAUCCGCACUUAAACAGUGCUGCAGCAAUGUAUUUAAAUGUUAGUCAAAAACUAUUUCUAGAACAACAAGAGGCUCGUAUGAAAGAAGUAUCUGAGCAACAACAACAACACAAUAACCAACAGCAGAGGUCUCUGUCGAACCAGCCCUCACCACAGCAGCGGCAACUUGGUCCAACACCAAAACCCCCGUUGUCUUCAGAACUAGCUGAGAGGCUCGACGCAAUUAGAAAUAGUACAGGCCCUGUCGGUCCGGUGUCCGGUGCUGACCUCGAGGGAUUAGCGGAGGUGCUAAAAAGUGAGGUUACAGCUUACUUGGUCAGUCUCAUUGACUCUAUUGUUACACGUUUUGUGCAUCAGCGACGAAUAAUUGGGAAACAAUCGGAGGCUGCAGCAGCAGCAGCGGAACAACUCAACAAGGAUCUGAUGCGAGCAACUAGACUACUCGAGAUAAAGUCUCCGACACCGAAGCCACAGGAGCGGCCGUCAGGGCAAUUAUCAGGUAACACACCCGUCCAUCAUACUGGCGCGCCUAAUGGCGUCCCGUUUAUUACACAUAAUCAGAUGCUGAUGAGCCAGAUGAACGGCCCCCGCGCGCCAGGUGGAGCGGCAUUCCCGCUGCACGCCGAGGCGGGCGGGCCCGUGCAUGGCACUCAUGUGCGGCCUCCGACAGGCAUGUUCCAGACGCCGCCAAAACCGCUCGCCAACCUCUACGGGUCCAUGAACGGGCACUUCGAACGUGAGCCGAAUCCAGAGCAGAACGAGGCACUCAGCCUCGUAGUCACGCCAAAGAAAAAGCGGCACAAGGUGACGGAUACACGAAUAACGCCACGAACCGUAAGCAGAAUUCUCGGAGAGGGUGUAGGUCACUCCCCCGAGAGCAAAUUCCCAGAGUCGCCAUCCCCGCGGCCGUACCCUGGCGGGAUGGCGUUACCUACGUCGGUAGCGAUACCUAAUCCGUCGCUGCAUGAGAGCCAAGUGUUCUCACCGUAUUCACCGUUCUUCACGGCGGGAGGCGGACUAGCGCGGUCACCACCGGCGCCGGAGCGCGAUUCUCCACCACUGCCGCAUGCACCUGUUCUGUUACAUCCGGCACUGAUGGCAGCAGCGCACCACGCGUCACCCGACUACCUGAGGCACCAUCACGCACACGUGCCUCAUCAUGGUGGCGCCCCGCAUCAUCCGCACCACAUGGAUACGCAAGACCCUCAUUCAGACAACAAUUCAACAGACUUGCCUUACGAUGGAGUCCAGCCUACUUCCUCCACAUUAACGCCGAUGCAUCUUCGUAAAGCGAAGCUGAUGUUCUUCUGGGUGCGGUACCCGAGCUCGGCGGUCCUCAAGAUGUACUUCCCGGACAUCAAAUUUAACAAGAACAACACAGCUCAACUUGUCAAGUGGUUCUCAAACUUCCGGGAGUUCUAUUAUAUUCAAAUGGAGAAGUACGCGCGGCAGGCGAUCAGUGAAGGUCUAAAGGCGGCUGAUGACCUCCACGUCGCUGGCGACUCAGAACUGUACAGGGUUCUUAACUUGCACUACAACAGAAAUAACCACAUUGAGGUGCCGCCCAACUUCAGAUAUGUGGUUGAGCAGACACUGCGCGAGUUCUUCCGCGCCAUCCAAAGCGGGAAGGAUACAGAACAGAGCUGGAAGAAAUCCAUCUACAAGGUGAUCUCGCGGCUCGACGACCCGGUGCCAGAGUACUUCAAGUCACCCAACUUUCUUGAACAGUUGGAGUGAGCGCCGCCUCGAUUCGAUGCACAUUGUUUCGGCAUAACUAAUUUUAUAGACAAAAUAUGAAAUUCAUUGGACGAUUGUUUCGCACACCAAAAUUUUACGACACUCGCAUUUAGGCCUUCAGAUUCAAAAUUAUCGAUAAAAAAAGUUAAAUUUAAAUUAUUAAAAAAAUUGAAUUUGUACGUUGCACGUCGAGCGGUGUGGCCGGCUCCAGCCGAGCCACGCCGUGGCCCGCGCUCUCCUAGGAAAUUCAUUAGGUUAAACGAGUAAGAGAAAAUUUAAGUCACCUAGAAUUUUAUUUCUGCACAUAAUAUAUUUCGCUAUAUAUAAUUAUUAUUAUAUUAUUAUUAAGUAUUAUCUUAAAAUGGUUUUUAUAGUUGUGUAUAUCAUAAAAUCAUUUAUUGAUUUAUUCUAAGGAAAAAAACGAUUAA